GUCUUCAACUCCUUAACAAUCACUACACACCGUAUUCAACAAACCCAUUUUUUCCUCUCGAGGACCGGUCUUCAAUCCAAGCUCCUCGGUUUCUCUGCCCCAUACUUCAGGCCACAACUGCCAUGGAAACGGAGCAGAGUGAUACAACAGUCAACACCAAUUCAGACCCCCUAAUGAAGCUUUUGUUUGUGGAGAUUGGCGUCGGCUAUGAUCAACAUGGGUACUUUAUCAUAUGCCCAUUUCGCUCAUUUAUUUCGACUGUUCUGUACUCAGACUGGUUUUGCUUUAAGCACUGCUCUUUGAAAACUAUUGUCAUAUUUGCGCAAUACAUGCAAGAUAUUACGGCUGCAGCAAUGCGUGCAUGUCGGGAUGCCAUCUCCUCCAAUUCAAUUCCUGCAUUUCGCAGAGGGUCCAUCCCUGGUGUCACAUUUGAACAAAUGAAGCUACAAAUGAAGCUAGGAGUACCUCAUUCUCAUCAGCAAUCCCUGGAUAUUGAGAGAGUCAAGUCUGUCUUUCCUUAGUAAGUGUUGACAUCUGCGCAGAAGCAGAAUCUGACUCGAGUUGUACUCGAGUGAGAAGGCCUUUUGAUUGAAAGUUCGCAGCAAUAGGAGUUGGGACUGAUGUCUGCUUCUGCGCAGUCGGUCAUAAGUUUCCCACUCGUUCAUUCUAAAAAGCCGCCGUCUUCAACUCCUUAACAAUCACUACACACCGUAUUCAACAAACCCAUUUUUUCCUCUCAAGGACCGGUCGGUCUUCAAUCCAAGCUCCUCGGUUUCUCUGCCCCAUACUUCAGGCCACCACUGCCAUGGAAACGGAGCAGAGUGAUACAACAGUCAACACCAAUUCAGACCCCCUAAUGAAGCUUUUGUUAGUGGAGAUGGGUGUCGGCAUGAUCAACAUGGUUACUGUAUCAUAUGCCCAUUUCGCUCAUUUAUUUCGACUGUUCUGUACUCAGACUGGUUUUGCUUUAACCACUGCUUUUUGAAAAUUAUUGUCAUAUUUGCGCAAUACAGGCAAGAUAUUACGGCUGCAGCAAUGCGGGCAUGUCGGGAUGCCAUCUCCUUAUGGAAAAAUUCUGGACAUCAAAGUUGUGGACGGAGGAUUAAUUUGCUCCAGUGGCGUGCAUGUUGAAGAAACGGGGGAUAAGAAUGAUGAUUGUUACAUAGUGAAUGCUGCAGUAUAUGUUGGCUACUAGUGCUCUACUGCCUCAUCCAUGUUAUCUACGGUUAGAUUUCACAUCUAAUCACCCAGUUUGUAACUGAAAUGGCAAUGCAUUGGUUUCUGUUUAAUCUUAGAUCUUGGUGUCUUAUGUUAUCUACCUACUUUAAAUGACUACUUUUUCUUUUUCAUGAUUUCAACAACCUAACAACCUAAUCCUGACAAUGCUUUAUCCUGCUGUGUUUCUGCUGUCCAAGUUUUUUGAUGUUCAUGUUGUCUUUAUGCCUGAAUUUUGUUCUAAAAACAAUGCUGUUAUUCUCUCAUUCUUCUCCAGAAGUCGUGUUUAAUGGAGUAAAUCACUUCCAGAAGAAUCUUGCAUUGCAUAAUCACAUGCAGAUAAAUUUGCAUCAUCCAUAUCACCAUCCUAUCUAUAUGUUAUUGCCUUGGUCAACGAAAUCAAUCACUUUACAACUGAUUUAACCCCCCCUUGUUUGUAUCAUCUACCGGAAGUGAAUUAAUGAGAGGCUUUUGUCCCUUCAUAAAUGUACAAAGAAAACAUAUUUGAAAAACUAUAAGCUUUUGCUUAGUAUUGAC